GAAUUGCACAGGGAGACAAUUUGCUCAGAACAAGGGGCCGGCUUUGCAAAGUAUAAAUAGUGCGACUUCAAUAAGCAACAUCACUAUCAGACCCGAACUCUUAGCAGGAAGAAUUGUCAAAGAUCUUAACAUUUAACAAGAUCUCUCCAGUUGGGAAACAUCAGCUUCCAUUUGACUCCAGCCUGCCCUCAACCCUCCUCCUCUCCCCUUCCUCCUCCUUCUCCUUCUCCUCCUCCUCUUCUUUCUCCUCCUCCUCCUCUUCCUCCUACCUCUCUUCCUCCUCCUUCUCUUCCUCCUCCUCCUCCUCCUCCUCCUCCACCACCACCACUGCCACUAUCACCUCCUCCCCCCCUUCUUUCCUCUCUAACUCCCCCGGUCCCCAUUGAUGUGUUAUUAUUGGGGGGUUUGGAACAGUAAAAAGAAGAAGAAGAAAAAAGAGAAAGAGGAAGGCGAUCGGAGGAAGGAGAAAGAGAGAGCGCGGCGACGGUGCCUGACCAUGGAAGAACUUACAGCAUUUGUCUCCAAGUCUUUUGAUCAGAAAGUGAAGGAGAAGAAGGAGGUGAUCACGUACAGAGAGGUCCUGGAAAGUGGACCGGUCCGGAGCAGCAAGGAGCCGGGAGGUGGCAGCGAUUCGAGCCGGGAGGACGGCUGCAGCCCCGCAGUGAGAGCUGCGGGAGGAGGCGGCGGCGGCGGAGUAGGAGGAGGUGGAGGAGGAGGUGGAGGAGGAGGAGGAGGUGGAGGAGGAGGAGGAGGUGGAGGAGGAGGAGGGCGGUCUCCCGUUCGGGAACUGGACAUGGGCGCCGCUGAGAGAACCAGAGACUCGGGCAGUCCCAAACUCACCGAGGUCUCCCCGGAGCUGAAGGAUCGUAAGGAGGAUGCAAAAGUGAUGGAGGACGAAGGGCAGACCAAAAUCAAACAGAGGCGCAGUCGGACCAAUUUCACCUUGGAGCAGCUAAACGAGCUGGAGAGACUCUUCGAUGAGACGCAUUACCCGGACGCUUUCAUGCGGGAAGAGCUGAGCCAGAGGCUGGGGCUAUCGGAGGCCCGAGUGCAGGUCUGGUUUCAAAAUCGAAGAGCUAAAUGUAGGAAACAAGAGAAUCAGCUACAUAAAGGCGUGCUAAUAGGGGCAGCAAGCCAGUUUGAAGCUUGUAGAGUCGCACCAUAUGUCAACGUAGGCGCACUGAGGAUGCCAUUUCAGCAGGAUAGUCAUUGCAACGUGACGCCCUUGUCCUUUCAGGUUCAGGCUCAGCUGCAGCUGGACAGCGCCGUGGCAGCGCACGCGCACCACCACCUCCACCCGCACCUGGCGGCCCACGCCCCCUACAUGAUGUUCCCAGCGCCGCCCUUUGGCCUCCCGCUGGCCACUUUGGCCGCCGAGUCGGCCUCGGCCGCUUCUGUGGUGGCGGCCGCCGCGGCGGCCAAGACCACCAGCAAGAACUCCAGCAUCGCAGACCUCAGACUGAAAGCCAAAAAGCACGCGGCGGCCCUGGGACUGUGACUUCUGUUGCCACCACCAGAUCCUCCUUAUCCUCAUCCCAGCCUUCAUCCUCCGGCCACUGCCCACCCCUUCUGUCCUCUCACUCUUCCCAGGCUGCUGGUACCAUCUAUCCCGUUUUCCCUUCUCUCGUGCGCCCCUUUUCUGAAGGACUCCGGCGUCUAGUCCCUGUCCUAAGGACUCCCAGCGUCAAAUAUCCUUAUUGCCCUCACCCUUUCCUCGCUCCGGGGGCCAGGCUUAGAGACCCCCGGCAGAGCCUCGUGGCCUUUGAUGCCUGGUUUAGGAAGGGGCCAAGAUUGACUUUUGCUUUUGUAAAGUCCCCGAAGUAAGACGUAUUGGGGUUGGGGUGGGGUGGGGGAGGGACAACUUGAGAGAGGAAGACAGGAUGGAGAGGGAAAUUUUGCCUCUCGGCAAAGCAGCACCAGAGGACCGAUUCUUUGAAAACAAAAGACAAAAAUAAAACCCAUUGCUAAUCACAGAACCCUACAAAAUAUUGAAAAACCAGAGAGAAAAAGAGAAAGGGAACUUAUUUCUCAUCUCCAUUCUACAGAAGCUGGACAAUAGCAACAGAAAAUCGAGGAACAACAACAACAAAAUGUGAAGUAUUAAAAUACAAUAAAAUGUUUGGGAACUGACUUGGACGAAACUCGAGGUCUUGGGGGGGGUGCCAACUUUAAAGUUUUGUUUUUCUUUUUUCUUAAUGGGCAAAGAUGGCGAAGAGGAAGGAAGAUGUAUACUUAUUUAAAGAAUUAAGAUGAAAAAAGACACGCAGUUGGGAAGUUCACAGGUUUUGAAACUGACCUUUUUCUGCGAAGUUCACUUUAAUACAAGACAUUUGAUAAGAGAGGCGGGCCUCCUUUUAUGUUGAAUCAGAUACUUUUGAGUUUAAAACCCACCACGUCUGGAAGAGCGAGAAGAAAGAAGGAAGAAGACAAACAGAGAGAAAUGAUAGUAAGAUGAAUAAUAAGGACAUGGACAAUGAUGAUUUCUCUCCGAAAUUCUCAUGGCAAAACUGUCCGGACUCCUGACAGCAGAAUGCCGGUUUGCAUGUUUCUUGUAUUCCAUAGAUGGUGUCCCCCUUCCCCACCCCACCCCCUUACUCCAUCCCCUCGAUUCACUUGCACUUCAUCUUCAUCUUUAGUAGGAAAAACAAAAAUCAAAUGCGGCUGGAAAUUGAUUUUUCUUCUCCCCUUUUAAUCCUGGAGGACAAAAGAAAAUUAUUUGAAGAAAAAAAAAUAACCCCACCCUCUGUAAUGGUCCACUGUUUGUCCGGAGAGGAAGGAGGGCAGAACAAUGUGGGGGAAGAAAAGCGAGAGAGAGUGAAAGAGAAAUAGAAUGUGAAUAUGUUACUCUCUCGCGUUGGCUUCUGAGAGGUCCUAAGCGACAAUUGUUUCUUUUCCCUCCCAAUGUUUCCUCCCCUUUCCAAAUUUACCUUAAACAAAGUCCAACUAGGUCCAGGUACUAGGUACGUGUAAGAUAUGUUGAUACACACGAACAAAGUUUAUUUUGGCUAUAACGUGUGACUUGAUAGUUGACUAUCAACAUUUACAUUUUAUCUCACAAAGGUGUAUCUAUUCAAGUACUCUUGCAGAUUUUUGUUUUGUUUUGUUUUAGUUUAAAUCCAUAGAGAUAUUUAAGCUGGAGGUACUCCAAUUAGGCAAUUGUAUCUCAAUUCCCCAUCCAGCCUCUUUAGGAUUUGUUUGUUUUUUAAUUACAAGAAAGAAGAAAAGCUCUUCUAAAUGAACUCUUGUAAGCGGAUGGGCUUUGUAACUAUUUGUUCUCCAUGAAAACAAAAUUAUUUAUAUUUGCCAUAUUUUUUCUAGUGUGUUAACUUAUUUCAAACGAGAAGAUGCUGUUAUUUCAGGACCUGUGUUGUCGGUACAAUAUGUUUCCUUUCACCUUUUGUUAAACCUUUUUAAUAAGUGCCAAGUUAUCCAUUGAAGACACUUUGUGAUCAAUUGAAUGGAAUCAGUAAAGUUUGCGUUGACGGGU